AAGCCUGUCGCCAUUUCGCAGAGAGGAUCAGAAAUCCUUUAAAGGCCGCGGUAUUGGUACCCGUGGUCAGUUUGGGGACCGGUGAGUCGCGGAGUGGGGAGAGCGGGUUGCGGCACUCAAGGCCUGGCUGGAUUUCCGCACCGUCAGAGGUCGGGAAGCUAGAGAGCAGCGGGUGGCUUGCAGAAAAGGAUCUUGUCCCUUCUCCGCCCUCGUGUAGGCCAGGGGCUGCGGGGAUCGAGAGAGGCUUGGCUCGUCCGUCGCUGGGCCCUCCGUUCUCCUCGGGGCCCGGAGGUCGAGAGGAAGCAGCCUGGCGGCUGGGCAGAAAGGACACUCGGACGCCUUCCCCGGGGACCCAGCGCGCGUGCCUGUCCGCUGCGCACGCCCACUUGGCCACCCGCUCUGGUCACAGAAUUCAGUUACAAUGGGGAACGUUUUUGAAAAACUGUUUAAAAGUCUAUUUGGGAAAAAAGAGAUGCGGAUUCUUAUGGUGGGUUUGGAUGCCGCUGGAAAAACCACCAUCUUGUAUAAAUUGAAGCUGGGAGAGAUUGUGACUACCAUCCCUACGAUAGGUUUCAACGUGGAGACGGUAGAAUAUAAAAACAUCAGCUUCACAGUCUGGGAUGUUGGUGGCCAGGACAAAAUCAGACCUUUGUGGCGACAUUAUUUCCAGAACACACAAGGUCUGAUUUUUGUGGUCGACAGUAAUGACAGAGAGCGCGUCAAUGAAGCCCGAGAAGAACUAACCAGAAUGUUAGCCGAAGAUGAGCUCAGAGAUGCAGUUUUAUUGGUGUUUGUGAAUAAACAGGUAAGGCUUUCUGGAGGAAGAGGAAGGGUAGCAGAGAAUCUCAGAGCAAGGGAUAAAAGAGGCCUCCUGGCACCACUUUCUGGGGAAGAAGAGACAGACCCAGAAGAGGCUUCUUGGAAGAGGAACCAAAAUCAAAGCUGCAGAGAGGGUUCCUUGCGGAGAUUGGAAAGGAGUGGGUGGGUGAGGAGCUCAAGGCCAGCUGGGAGGCCCUUGCCUGGCUGGGGCUGGCCUGGAAUUGAUGAAAGGUGUGGUCAGAGAGAGGCAGUCAGCCUAUGAGUUGAGAGGCUGGCCUUCAGUGAGCCAGCUGCCCAGGCUGCCUGGAAGAUGGGCAGGAAUGGAACGGAAGCCAGAAACCCCAAUGGCCUCUCCAGGCCUGUUGGCUCCCAGAGGCCCUGUCUCAUGUUCCUUCUGGUGACACAGGGCCCCUCCCUCCAGGGGAACCAUGACAUGGGGUUUUGACUUGACUGCUGUGACCAGGUGGGUACAUUUACUCAUGGCGAGGGAUCAGAAGCUGGAUUUUGAGAGCCUGUGAUGGGGUUGUGUGUCCUGGGCUACAACAGAAGCACCUCGAGGGGAUGUUGCAGUUUUAUGAGAAGCUGUGAUUCUCUAGACCAAAGAAGGCAGCAGGAGCUCAGUCCUGGGGGCAGGGGGUGUGGAGUCGGAAUGCACCACGAUGGGGAGAUGGCUAGCACCGGGGAGAGAAGGGAGGCUGGAUGAGCCUGAGCUUGGGUCCCAAUCACAGCCCUAUCUUCUUCCGGGAAAGGAUGGAUGAGGAAGGAAAUGAGUGCAUGGGUGGAAAUGAGCCCAGAUGUUUCUCUGUCUGCCCAAAGCUUCACUCAUUCCCAACCAGAGGAAUUCUCACUCCGGGAAGUCCUCCCAGGGUGAGGACCCCCUCUGCCCCGAGCAGGCUGGUAUACACUGCUGUAGACAUGUGCAAUGAGCUGCUUUUGCCCCGCUACAGCGGCCUCCUUCACAGCCCCUGUCCAGAGUGGCUGGGACCAUCUCCUGCCUCUAUCCAUCCUAAAGCUGGCUCUUCUCUCUGCUCGCUUCUGGGCUAGCCUGGGCUGGGAGUAGAGUCCUGCUUUCCUGCCUGAGGAUCUAACAAGGUUUCUUUCCUCAGCAGCUCAGAUCACAGAAUGUCAUCAGGUCCAACAGCCACCCACCCCCGAAACUUACCACCUAGAACAGUGACACCCAGAGAUGGCAGAUGAGGGUCCCGCAGUCACACGGCAAGGUCAUCAUCGAUGAGACCAGAAUCCAGGCUGCUGGCUUCUAGCUGCAGGUCUCCCACCUACUCUCGGCCCCCCACUCCCCGUGCGCUGUGGUGCACAUGCUGCAUCCCAUCCCUGGGAGCAUCUGCCAGCUAGAUAUGGGGGAUCCAAUGAGGACUCUGAGAAGUUGAUAGAGCCCCAAGAUAGGAGGCACCUGGAUCCCUGGGCGUGUGGAACAAACACCCUCUACUCCAACUCUGAAGACAAUAACUGAGCUGUUGCCCAAGCCAUAAAAAAUGAACCUUUAUUGUGUUUAGCCAUGAAAACUUGGGUUACUAUGUGUUACAGCAGCUGGCUUACCCUGACUCGCACAAGACCCGACACGGUCUGGCCCCCUCUGCCCUCACCCGCUUCUCUCCCUCUCCCUCACUCUGUCCUGGCCACUGGCCUUCCUGCUGCUCCUCAGACACUCCAAGCUCAUGCCCACUGCAGUGCCUUUGCCAUGCAUUGUUCCCUCCUCCUGGAAUGUUCUUCUCCCAAAGGUUUUUUUUUAAUAAAUUUUUUAAAAAUUUAUUUUUAUUUAUUUAGUUUUGGCUGCGUUGGGUCUUUGUUGUUGCAUGCAGGCUUUCUCUAGUUGCGGCGAGCGGGGGCUACUCUUCAUUCCGGUGCACAGGCUUCUCAUUGCGGUGGCUUCUCUCGUCGUGCGUGGGCUUCAGGUGUUGUUUCUGAACAAAUAUCACCUCCUCAGAGAGAGAACCCCUGGCUACCCUUUUAAAGCAGCUCCGCCAUCACUCUGCAUCCCCUGACUCUGCUCUAUUUUUCUCCAGAGCAGUUAUCAUUACUUGACAUUCAUUAUCUAUCUCCUCCUGUGUCUGUCUGUCCCUGGUGCCUAGAACAGUGACUGGCACAUGGUUAAGUACUUAAUCAAUAGUCUUUGAGUGGAGAAAUGAACAGUCUUCUCUCUGAUUCUUUAUGUAUUUCAUUCUCCGUUUUCUCAUCCAUAGAAUGGGGGGUGCAUGUUGAGGAGGACAAUGCAGGUUAAGUGUGCGGCACAGAGACUACACACGGAUGCCCCAGGAAGUGCAGUUUCUAGUGUCCUUAGGGAUAUAGAAGGCAGAGGCUGCAGAAAGAAAAGUUUGAAUGGUGUGAUGGCACCUGCCCUCCCAAGAGAGGGGGUGGGGCUGAGCCAGCGAGCUCGGGAUCCUUGGCUCGGCCGCCAGCUGCCAACACUGACAGGCACGUGGAGCUUCACCGGUGCAGGUAAUUGAACUAAUGGAGCAAGCUGACGGGAAGGAGGGAGGUUUCGGCCGCACUUCAGGCGAUAAGCCACAGAGUUGGCAUCUGAGAGGCUGUAACCACAGGUGGAAGGAGUUCACCUGCCAGCCUUUCCAGCCUGCAGGGUGGCGACCCAGGGGCUCCUGCACUUGUGGCCUGAGGGAGAUGCACAACUUCAAGAUUGCCCUCUGGUUGUUGGAGAUGGAGAUGGGCUUUCCAAGAGAGAACAGCACAGGUGAAGGCAUGGAGUUGUGAAAUAACAGAAUAACGGAGUGCUUGCCAGUUAGGAUGGUGAGAGGAAGGUGUCAUUGGUGGCCCUAGGAUGGUGGGUGGAGUCAGGAACUGACCUCAGAAAAGCCAUGUGGGGAGGGCUGAGCGCUAGACUAGGAGCCAGGAGACCUGCCUUUCAAAUCCCAGGUCCUCCAUGAACCAUGGAUCCUUGAGCAGGUCAUUUACUUCCUCUGUGCUUCAGUUUCCUCAUCUGUUGAACUGAAGAUAGAGCCCCUUACAUGAGGCGAGGUGGAGAAGGAGGGGGUGCCUGUGCAGCUUGAAAACUGCAGAGUGUUUGGUUACUUGGACUGAGAGGUAGACAGGAACAGCUGAGACAUUCUCCUGGGGCAGCUGUGAUGGGAGGGCUAAGGGUCAACCGGGAAAUGACUUUGCUGAGAAGAGAGAGGGAGAGAACAGAGAGAGGAAACCCAAAAUGGGCUGCAGGGGGGAGGAGAGGAGCUGGAAGCAGUUCCAGCAGGCGACCAGAUGUGGCCAGUGGACAAGAUUGCUGGUGUCUCACGACAGAGUCCGUCCAGCCGCUUUCUGUGGAAGCAGUGAGAGUGCAGACUGGGUCCCUGUGGCUGUCGGUAGGCUGUGCACCAACACCCUGGUGUCCCACCAUCUAGGUACAUGGUAGGACUGCGUCCUCCAUGCCUUUGAAGCGCAGCAUGACCACGUGACUGGCUUUGGCCAAUGACAAGUGUGUGGACAUGAGAGCAUCACUUCCAGGCGGAAGCUUGAAGAGCUAAGUAUGACUCCCCACGGAGGCGGACUCCAUCAGCCUCCCACCCAUACCCCCUGGACCUUUCUUUUACCUGCAGCGUCUGCAUCUCGGUGCCUGAGCACUUUCUCUAGAACCCCAAAGACAGUCUGCCUGCAUUCUCAACAGGCCCGAGCGCCCGGCAGUUACAAACCACCACCCCCAUCAGCCCCCACCAGUGACUGGGGAGUUGAGAUGUAAAUACCCCAGCUCUCUCACCCCUCAGGUGGGCUCACCCUUAGCAGGCAGGUUCCUCAUCACAUGCUGGGGUUUUCCAUUGGGAUUAAGUUCGUCCACCCACAGGGGCAGCUGGCUUCCUUUCCCUGUUGCGUUUUCCCACUCCACACCAGUGCUCCGUGCACCUCCCAAAUAAACUCUUU